GAAAAGGUGGCAGUGGCUGUGAAGGAAGCCCAGAGGCACUUGCAGACAGGGAGGCUGCGGGGGCUGUUUCUCCGCUGGAGGGGGGCUUCUGCUGGCAGUGCCCAUCAGAGGGGGCAGCUCACUGUGGCAGCUGAGCAUCACCGGAGGCAGCUGCUCAGCCGGUGCCUGGAGAGCUGGAAGCAAGAUCAUCUCAGCCGCCUGAGGGUCAUGCUCCUGCAGAGACAAGGGGAGCAGCUGCUGGCCCGGAGACUUUCUGCAGCCGCCUUUGCUUGGUGGAAGGUGCAGCUGGCGGACAGGCGGCAAGAGCAGCACCAGACCACACGAGCCCUCUGGCACUGGUCCCAGAGCCUCCAGCAGAAGGUGCUGAACGCCUGGCGAGGCUUCAUGCAGGAGCAGCUGCGGAAGAAGAGACGGAUGGCAUGGGCGGCUGAGAGCUACCAGGCGGAGCUGCUGCGCGAGGGCGCCUGCCGCAUCCUGAGAUACGUGGUUGCCGUGAAGCAGCACCGAGAAUGCUUGCAAGCCCAGCAUCAUCUGCAGGCCGCCUGUCAGCGUCACCACUUGGUCUACCGCUGCGCCAUGAUAUGGAAGCAGAAGGCUCUUUCCCGAAAGCCCAGCCUGGCACUUUCAGGCAUUCCCGCCAAGAAGCAUGUGACUUUCGAAGUGCCAAGACUGGGCCACGUCCCUCCUGGUGUUCCCAGGAGACAGGCCAACCUUCCCGGUGUGCCAAGGGACUGUCAGGCUGCUGGAGAUUCCAUCCUCUCAGAUUUAUACACGGCUCGCCAGGUGAGGCUGCAGCCUCGUAGACCCGAUUUCCUGGUACCAUUUCCUGAGAAAAGGGGGCUGCCGCAUGCAGGGAAGUGGCUGGAAAGCUCCGCUGGCUUUGCUCAGCCAAUGGCAGCAGGGCCCCUCCUGCCUGUCCCCCCCAGCAUCGGCCCUUCACCGUCCCCUUUUAGUGGCUGCGGUGACUCUUCUGGUUCCUUUCCCAAACCUGGACCCCCUCCCCCCAGGAGUCCUUGGCUUCACAGCCCCACCAGUGCUGCCCCAGAGCUGCAGCCCCCCUCCUCCUUCACGCUGGGGACAAAAAGGGCAAGUGUUGAGACGCCCUCCCUCAGCCCUCUGGCUGCAGCCCCUGGCAAGGAGAGGCCAAUGGUGGUCUCAAGGGGGCCUUUGCUGGCACCCAAAGAUUUUACAAGAGGAAGAAGGAGCCCACCUCUUUGCGGAAAAGCAGAAACCAAGCGAGGAAAGACUGAAAUUCAGCCGCUGGAGGAUGAGCUCCAAUGUAUUGGGCAAAAGAUGCAGGAUUACUACAGCCAGCAGCAGGAACUGAAGUUCUGCCAGCGACAGGAACGGCUUCUUAGCAAGUGGCUGGAACUGAGAGGAGUUGGGGAACCCUCUGAUGCGCAGGAAAUCCGUGAGAAGCUGGGCCAGCUGAAGGUGCAGAUUGCCUCACUUGUAAGCACGUUGGAAGGAGAGCGGCAGCUGAUGCAGAAAUACAUGAGCCGCGUCCAGGCCAUCCGAGCGGCUCUGAAGACGUAGGCAACGGCACCUCCACCUCCUGCUGGGGUGGUUGCGCAUGGAGGACUCUGCCCUUCCUUCUGCCUGGCCGGAGAAGCUGCUCCCACCGGUUUGGAUAGUUCCCACGCAUUCCUCAGAGGACCCUCAAACUGAGCCAC